UCAUCACUACUCGUCAGAUCUGGAAAAAAAAAGGAAAAAAAAAAGGAAAAAGAAAAAGGAAAGACAGAGGGAAAAAGGAUGUCCAGCGACAGUGAUGACGAAGAGGAGCUUCUACAGAUGGCGCUGAAGGAGCAGGCGCAGAGGGAUGUCAACUACAACAAGGCGGGGCGGGCAUCGAAGCCGGUGGUGAAUUAUGUUCAGGCACCUCCGCACCCGUCAACGGCGGCCAAGCAGAGGAACCCUAACCCUAAUCCUAAUCAGAGGCCUCCGGCGACGCAGAAGGGUCGGAGGGGUGGAGUGGAGGAUGAGGACGAUUCGGAGGUGGAGAUGCUGAGCAUAUCGUCCGGGGACGAGGACUCGGUGAAGGAUCGGGGGGUGGCGGCCCGGAGUCGGGGCGCCGGCGGGCGAGGGGAGAAGGAGGAUGGGGACAAGGGGUGGGAUGGUGGGGAGCCCAAUUGUUGGAAGACAGUUGAUGAAGCUGAGCUUGCUCGUAGGGUUCGUGAGAUGCGGGAGACAAAAGCAGUACCAGUGGCUCAAAAGAUUGAGAAAAAGGCGUCAGCGAUGGGUAUAAAGGUGCUCAACAAUUUACAGUCCUUCCCUCGAGGCAUGGAAUGUAUUGAUCCACUGGGAUUGGGGAUAAUAGACAAUAAAUCAUUAAAGUUAAUCACUGAGGCUUCAGAAAGCUCUCCAACCAAGGUUUCUAAGGAUUAUCCCGAUGCUGUCCUUCGUGAAAAGUUGUUGUAUUUCUCCGAGAAAUUUGAUGCAAAGAUGUUUUUAUCCCGGAUACACCAAGAAACAAGUGCUGCGGACCUAGAGGCUGGUGCUCUUGCUUUAAAAACAGAUCUCAAAGGACGGACUCAACAAAAAAAACAAUUGGUUAAAGAAAAUUUUGAUUGCUUUGUCUCAUGCAAAACUACCAUAGAUGAUAUACAGACAAAAUUGAAAAGGAUUGAAGAAGACCCUGAAGGUUCAGGAACUUCUCACUUGUUUAAUUGUAUUCAGGGAGUCAGCUCUCUGGCUAAUCGUGCCUUUGAGCCUCUAUUUGAGAGACAGGCUCAAACUGAGAAGAUCAGAUCUGUGCAAGGAAUGCUUCAAAGAUUCCGAACGCUAUUCAACUUGCCUAGUUCAAUUCGUGGGAGUAUUAGUAAGGGUGAAUAUGACCUGGCGGUUAGGGAAUACAGGAAAGCGAAGUCAAUCGCUCUGCCUUCUCAUGUGGAAAUAUUAAAACGUGUUCUCGAGGAGGUUGAAAAAGUAAUGCAUGAGUUCAAAGGCAUGCUUUACAAGUCAAUGGAAGAUCCACAAAUUGACCUAACUGAUCUUGAAAACACUGUGAGGUUGUUGCUGGAGCUCGAACCUGAGUCAGAUCCUGUAUGGCAUUAUUUAAAUAUACAGAAUCAUAGAAUUCGAGGUUUGCUUGAAAAAUGCACCUUAGAUCAUGAAUCAAGGAUGGAAACUUUGCAUGAUGAGAUUCGUGAAAGAGCUCUUUCUGAUGCAAAGUGGAGGCAAAUUCAACAAGAUUCAAAUCAAUCUUCAGAGGUGGACUAUUCUCUGACUCCUGGAAACACCAAUCUGCUGGUAGAUUCACCACAAGUAGGCUUGACAAGUGAAGAAGUUGAUGCUCUUAGAGGAAAGUAUAUCCGCAGGCUAACUGCUGUUCUUAUCCAUCACAUACCAGCUUUCUGGAAAGUAGCACUUUCUGUUUUCAGUGGGAAGUUUGCUAAGUCUUCCCAAGUUUCUGCGGAAUCAAAUAUUAAUACUUCUGCAAGUAAAACUGAGGAAAAAGUUGGAGAUGGGAAGUAUUCUAGUCAUUCUCUUGAUGAAGUUGCAGGAAUGAUACGCAGUACUAUUUCUGCAUAUGAAGUCAAGGUCCAUAACACAUUUCGUGAUCUUGAAGAAUCAAAUAUUCUUCAACCUUACAUGAUGGACGCUAUAAAAGAAAUUGCUAAAGCAUGUCAAGCUUUUGAAGUGAAAGAAUCAGCUCCCCCAAUUGCUGUUAUGGCACUGCGAUCACUUCAUUCAGAGGUUGCAAAAAUUUAUAUACUAAGGCUUUGCACAUGGAUGCGGACAACAACAGAAGAGAUAUCAAAAGAUGAAACGUGGGUUUCAGUAUCUAUUCUUGAAAGGAAUAAAUCUCCAUACUCGAUAUCAUACUUGCCUCUAGCAUUCCGUUCGAUUAUGACAUCAGCAAUGGAUCAAAUCAAUUUGAUGAUUCAGUCUUUAAGGAGUGAGGCUCUGAAGUCAGAGGAUAUGUUCAUGCAUCUUCAAGAGAUUCAAGAAUCUAUUAGGCUGGCAUUUCUGAAUUGUUUCCUACAUUUUUCUGGUCACCUGGAGAAUAUUGGAGGUGAGCUUGCUCAAACCAGAUCAAACAAAGAAAAUUUUCUGCAGAAUGGGUAUUCUCAUGAACCAACAGAGAAAACAUCUGAGCUUCUUCCAGGAAGUGUUGUUGAUCCACAUCAACAGCUAUUGAUAGUUUUGAGCAAUAUUGGAUAUUGCAAAGAUGAACUUUGUACUGAGUUGUACAACAAGUACAGACAUGUCUGGCUGCAAUCUAGGGAAAGAGAUGAAGGAGACAGUGACAUACGAGAUUUAGUAGUGUGUUUCUCUGGGCUUGAAGAGAAGGUCCUUGCACAGUAUACUUUUGCAAAGGCCAAUUUGAUCAGAUCAGCUGCUGUGAACUAUUUGUUGGAUGCUGGAAUUCAGUGGGGGGCCGCACCUGCCGUCAAAGGUGUACGAGAUGCAGCUGUGGAGUUAUUGCACACUCUAGUAGCUGUGCAUGCAGAGGUAUUUGUUGCAUCUGUUCUGGGGUUCAUCUUAAAGUUCUCUUGCUCUCCUUGCAUGUAGUUCUGUGCUG